UCUUUUUCUACCCAUUGAAUAUAUUCAGACAGUGUUUCAGUGUGCAGGUUUGUGUUUUAGGAAGUUUUACAGAGACGACCGGGUUCCGAAUAAAAAUGCCUCAAAAAGUCGCUGUUGUAACUGGGAGCAAUACCGGAAUUGGUCUUGCCAUGGUGCGAGCUCUCUGCAAGCACUUUGGUGAGAAUGGGGUGGUAUACUUGACCGCCAGGAACGAGGAACGAGGGAUGCAGGCCGUGGAAGUCUUGAAGAAAGAGGGGCUCAAUCCCAGAUUUCAUCUUCUUGAUGUCAACGAUGUAACCAGUAUGGAGAAGCUCAGAGAUGAUAUCAAGACUGAACAUGGCGGUGUAGACAUCCUGAUCAACAAUGCAGGAAUUUUAUCCAAGUUUGACAUCCCUAUGUAUGAACAAGCGGUAGAAAUGACCAAUACUAACUACCACGGUGUGCUUCUAAUGACCAACACAUUCCUACCUAUUAUCAGAGAUGGUGGAAGGGUUGUCCAGCUAGCCAGCUUAAUGGGCGCUAGAACGUUCUACGAUAUCAGUGAAGAACUCCAGCACCGCUUCAGGGAUGUCUCGACUGUCGAGGAGGUGACAGGCCUCAUGAAUGAAUACAUCAAGGCAACUAAAGAAGGAGAUUUCAAAACAAAGGGCUGGCCAGAUUUGGCUUACGGGAUCAGCAAAAUUGGAGUGGCAGCCCUUACCAAAGUCCAGGGUGAAAACGUGAGCAAGGAUAAAAGCAAGAAAGAUGUCCUCAUCAAUUGUUGCUGUCCCGGAUACAUCAGGACAAACAUGACAGCCACCCAUACUGGUGAAGAUACCAAAAGCAUGAUCAGCCAAGAUCAAGGGGCGGACACUCCGGUCUACUUGUCCCUCCUACCAGCCGGGACGAAUGACCUCCAGGGCAAGUUUGUGACCAAGAGAAUGGUCAAGAAUUACUUCAAGGAUGAUAUUAGGCCAGUUACAUUCGAAUAAACCACAUUCUUACUCCGACAAGUCUUCCUCAAAAAGCUUAAGAAUGAUCAUAAUUUAGUGAAAUUCAGUGGUAUUAAAGAUGCAUCUGGAAUGCAAAAGUUAAUUAAAUGUAUUUUUGACAUAAUGACCUAAUGAUGUAGUUCUACCUUAUUGUGUUACAAUUAUGUAUUUUGUGUCAGUUCCAGACACUUCAUUUCAUGCUAAUACAUUUCUCUCUGCUAUAAGAUUAAAUUUUGAGGUUCUUUUUUUUUAAUGUAAGUCUGGAAAAAUAUCAUAUUGGAAAUAUCCACUGAAAAGGACUGCUCUUCAAAUGCGCUCAUUUUGAAUUCUAGUGAGAAAAAGCCGAAAGGUAUGGACCAAAUCACUGUGUAAAUUCCUGCGUGUAAAAACAAGUUUCUUCCAGCAAGGUUGUACAUUUUCUUUUCAUUUUGAUCUUUCGCAAAACUAGCACUAGACAUCAAUAAAUUCUCAUGUACAUGUACUACAUUAAAUAUACUUUUCCUGCUGCUUUCAGGCAAAUCACAA